GAUGCUUUUCAGCUUCGGCGCGUGGCUCGCACGAGGUGGAAGUCAGGUACCGGUACACGAAAGGGUGCAUAGGGCGGCUAAUCGGACCUCAGCUCUCGAAAACCUGGACGCUUCAACCGUCUUGAGCUUCAUCAGCCUCUUCGAAGUCGUUCCAAUUGCAGCUUCUCUGCUUCCGUCACCACCCCUCAACCAUCAUCACGAUGUCCUACCCAACCACAACCCCGCCGCCGCCCACGCCAACCUUCCUCAAGCUCUCCUUCCCCGCGCCCCGCGUCCUCCUCGUGCGCAUGGACCGCCCUGCCUCUCUCAACGCGAUGUCCACCGCCGGCCAAUGGGAAAUGGACAGCGUGUGGAAGUGGCUAGACGACGAGCCCAAUCUCAGCGUCGCCAUCAUAACGGGCACAGGCCGCGCCUUCAGCGCGGGCGCCGACCUCAAAGAGUGGAACAACUCGAUGGCGGACGACGCGGAUCCGAGCAAGCGCAUGGGGAACAGUCCGGCGUUCAAGCCGCUGAGCAGGAGGUUGGGCAAGAAGCCGGUGAUUGCGGCGGUGAACGGGCUGGCGAUGGGCGGUGGCUGCGAGUUUGUGGUCAACUGCGAUUUGGUGGUUGCGUGCGAGGAGGCGGUGUUUGGGCUGCCGGAGGUGAAGAGGGGGGUUGCGCCGAUUGGGGGCGCAUUGCCACGCCUCAUAAGGACAGUUGGGCUGCAGCGGGCGACGGAGUUUGCGUUGAUGGGCGAGCCGAUAUCAGCGCAGAAGGCGUUCCAGUGGGGGAUCGUGAAUAAGAUAGUGAAGAAGGAGCGGGUGGUCGAGGAGGCAGUGCGGUACGCGGCGGCGAUCGCAGAGAAUAGCCCUGAUGCGAUUAUUUGCACGAGGGCAGGCUUGAGGCAGGGGUGGGAGACUGCGGCGGUGGAGAGAGCGGUGGAGGUGGUGCUUGAGCGGGAGUGGGCGGAGUUGCAGAAGGGGGAGAAUAUCAAGGAGGGGCUGAAGGCGUUUGGUGAGAAGAGGAAGCCUGUGUGGAAGGGCAGCAGAUUGUAAGAUGGCGGAACCAAAACUUCGACUUUUAAAUAGAG